GUGGUGUGUGUGGUUGCAGAAAGUGAACGCCCUUCUUAUUGAGGGCCGGUCGAGGGCCGAGUGAUCAGUUUACCGUUGUAGUGGAUUGUGUGCUGCCUUUCUGUGCUAACCGAACGCGUUUGUUCGGAGCAGUUUUAGAGUCUGGUGCCGUGGAGGAAUUCGAAGAGAUCCCUUUGGGAGAAGGCGGUGGCGUUUUUAGAUACACUGCUUAUAGUUCUGCUUCGGAGAGACGAAGAAAUGACCCGGCAAAGACAUGUGUGGUACAUGAUCCUGCUAGUAGGGCUGUGCAUAAACAGAGACCCAUGCAUUGCCAUUGAGUGUACACCUUCAUGUCAACCACCUGCUUCCACUGAGGAGUGGUUCUCAGAUCUCAUGGUGUGUGAUAUCAAACCCAGAAAUGCUACUUUGAUAUGGACGCGAGAUGCAGAUACUACAAAUGCCUCAUAUAUCGUGCUGUAUGAGGUCACUGGAAACCAAAUACGUUCUGAUUUGAUUAGUGGAGAUGAGGAGCAAUUUACACAUGUACUUACUGAUCUCACUCCUGAAACUGUGUAUGAGGUGCAAGUGUGUCAGCCAGCGUUGAGUACUUGUGGGAAUUGUGAGGUUGAGUUCUCAACUCCAGCUGCAGAAGAGCCAUCUGGCCCACCGGCGGAACUGAUGAUAUUAGCAUCAGGUCCUUCUACACUGACUGUCAGCUGGUCUGCUCCUCUCCUCUACCCUGAAGUUGUAUUGGGUUAUAUAGUGCGAUGUGCACCGGAGAGUGACAAUUCCAACAUCAUGGAACUCUCAAGAGGAAACACAAGAUUCAACGCCCAGUUCCAUAAUUUGAUACCAAACACAACCUACAACUGUGAAGUACAUACAACUAGCAAUUUUGGGAAUAGCACCCCAGCUACAGACACUGCCAGCACCCUUCCACGAGAGACUGUGCCAGGGCUGAUGUUUAUUGUGGGACAGAACUUUAUUCAGUAUGUUCAACUCUCUGAGAGCUCGUUACAUCCGGCAUCAUUCUUUUCAUUUUUGGAAAGUACUAUUGAUGUUUUGAAUGAAACCCAAAUAACAUCUGAUAUCUCAGGUGUGGACUACCAUUUUCAUCGGAAUGAGCUGUAUUUAACGCUCUCAAAUGGCAAUGUUCUCCAGUAUAAUUAUUCCCUCUCUGAAGAUGGAGUGACCAUUAUCUUCACUGUGCAUCCAACUCCUACUGUGCUCUACUCUUGUAUGCAAGGGAAUACACUCGGUGCUAUCACAGUCGACUGGCUUUUCCACAAUCUUUAUUGGCUGGAAUAUGAGGGCUUAUUCACCAAGGUUAUGCGCAUGAACCUCGAUAGUCUACAAGUGGUCUGUGAAGCUGUUUGGGAGAGUCAACGAUAUAGAAAAUUAGGGAUAGAUCCUGUUCAUGGUUAUCUAUACUGGAGCAUAGAUGAUGUCUCCAGUGAUGGUGGAUUGUUUCGAGGAUCUCUGAAUGAUUUUCGGAGUUCUCAGACUUCGACCUGUCCUCAAGUUGAUGCUGUACAAGAAUUUGUGUUUUCGAGUGCUAACUUCACUGACUUUGUCUUGGAGCCAGAUGUCUUUAUUUACUUUAUUGCCGAGAACACUGUGCAUUACAUUGGAUUUGAUCAACAGAACAAUGGAAGUAUAAUGGGCAACAAUUCUAUGCUCCUGGAGUCUUUUGGUGAAAUCAUUGUGACUGUCACUAAUAAUAUUGGUGGGAGAUGCAAUGCAACUGCGGCAAAAUGUGAAUUUUAUUUAGCACUAUAUAAUGGCAACAAUAUUGAAGAUAUUUUGGUACUCCGAAAGUCAAAACAGCCACUUCCAGCGCCACCAUCAUUUCCAGCUGAUGUUCGUGUUUUUUCUGGUUCUGAGUCAGCAACUGUAUCAUGGUCAAGGCCAAGUUUCGUUCAGUCAUUUUUUGGUCAAAGUGCCUACAGUGACUGGUUGUACUGUGUUAACUACACGACAGUUGAUGUUCCUAAUAUGGAGAGUAACUGUACACGUGACCUACAGAUACGUCUGUCAUCUCUCGAUAAUGACACUCUUUACAAAUUGAGAGUCAGUGCUAUUGGUCCUGGUGGUGAGAGAGCCACGCCCAAGGAAUUUGUGUUUCGAACUAAACCAGCUGGGUCAGAGGGGGCUAGGUUGCUUAUCUCAACAGACGCGGCAGUAAUGGUAUCAGACCUUGAUGGUUUGAACCCGAUGCAUAUUAGUGAAAAUGAAGAAAUCACUCGAUCCACUAAGGAAUCAAAUGGUGUGGCAUAUGACAUUCGGAGCUCCCUCUACUUCUGGAUAAUAGAGGGAGGACAGGGUCCACUGUAUCGUUACAACACCUCCGAGGACACUUUCUCCAAUUUGGUACCAAGCCUUGAUACACCCAUUUCUCUGGCAUCUGACUGGGUCGGAAGAAGACUCUUUUGGGUUCAAGAUGGCAUCAGCGUUGCUGAUGAUAGGCAGUUAAAGACAAUUAACAUGGAUGGUGGAAACUCUGAUAUUUUUGAUGAAGAUCCUAGAAUUACUUCCAUUGCAGUGGACUCUCUCAAUGGGAGAAUAUUUUGGAUAACUGGAAAGGUCAUAAUGGCAAGAAAACUAAGUGGCUUUUCAAAAGAGCUCUGUAUUAGUGUAGAAUCGGAACCUUUAGCUCUAACACUGGACGUAGAGAAGAAGUAUUUGUACUGGAUGACAUUCAACAAUGAAGACAAUACAGUAUGGUUGAAUCAACUUGACUACACCACAGACGGAUGUGGCACAAAUGCUGUUCCAGUGGAAUUGCCUGGAAGUCUCUUUGUAUCCAGCUCCAGAGGAGUGUUGACUUACGGUCUAGGAACCCUUUAUCUCACUACCAUCUCCACCAGCGGCCAAUCCAUAUAUGUUUUCCCAGCUGAUUUUGCUAGUUUUACUUCAAUCAUUGGUGACAGUGUUAAAAUGGCAUUUGGAGUGAUUCCACAAGCUGAUGUUGUUAGGGCUGUCUGUGUGGUGUCAGAAAUACUCCAGCCACUACCUGAUGGUUUAGUUGCAACAGGACUCUCCAACGUAAGAGCCGGGCAAUUAUCUUAUGCUCCAAGACUUAGAGAAAAUGAAUCAAAUACCUCAGUGAUUGUCAUUGAGUGGGGUCAAUCUUCUGCAAACAUUCCUAACUCAAUUCUCUAUGAAGUUGAGUAUACCCUGACUCCAUUUCGUCAACCUGCAAUGGACCCUGCAAAAACGUUUACUACAGAUACAUUCAUUCGUCUGGAAGAUCAAACAUUUUUCACUGAAGUGAAUGUUACUGUAACUCCUCAUACUCUGUGGUUGGAGUCUAAUGAUAGUUUAUCUGUCACCUCUGUCUUUUCAUCACCUCCCAGUGCACCAGGAAAGGUUAUGAAUGUCAAGGCAUAUGUGUUCCGACCAAGUCUAGAGAAUGAUAAUGACAUUACUGCUCUUAUUGUAUGGGAUCCUCUCGAUGAGGUUGAUGCUGGGGGCACUGUUAGUAACUACAGUGUGAGCAUAAGCGGUGGUUCAGCAAAUCUUGAGUUAACGACCAUGGAGAAUGAAUCUUACUUCAUUGUAAGAGAAUUUUCCAAUUUAAACGUGCUCUCCUAUCCUUUGAAGAAUAAUGAAAUGUACAAUGUGCAGGUGUCUGCUGUUAAUAAUGGAGGUACUGGAGUUUCGUCUGAUUCGAUUACUCUCUCAACUAAUGAUGUGAGUCCACCACAAGAGCUGUUGGCAGUAACCAGUGGUCAGUCAUUUCUAUAUGGAGGCUCUGGAGUAGGAGCAACGUAUGUGGCUGUUCACCCAGUCUCUGUGAAUACCAUCUCGCGACUUAUGUACUGGUACAACAGUACCAUAAACUCUAUAUUGAUGCAAUCACUGGAUGGAGAUACAAUAUCUGUUUUUCUGAAAGACACUCCAAUCAAUGUGUCCACAAUGGCGUUUGAGUGGCAAGGAGAGAGACUCUAUAUGGCUGGAGAGAAUUUAACUACCAACCUGUUUGAAUUGUGGCGGGUACCGGUGGUGUAUUCGAAAAAUAUUGAAAGAGUGCACACAAUCCUCGAUCCUGUGAAGUCUUUGACCAAUUUGGUUGUGGACUCCUUUCGAAGGGGGAGAGCAUACUGGCUCCAAGAGAAUAAUGAUGGAAAUGUGUCCCUAGAAUUGCUACACCUGGGUAGCGAUGUACAACAACAGGAGACUGUCAAUCUCUCUAACCUUACUGUGUCAGCUCUUACUCUUGAACCACACACUGGGGAUCUCUGGGUUUCAAACAAAACCAAUGGGAAAAUACUCAGAUGUCCAUGGAGUAGUGGAGCUUGUGAAGAGGUGGUCAAUACAGAUAUGAUGGUAACCAGUAUCACGCAGGAUGAAAGUAUGAUAUAUUGGACAAAUGGUUCUGUCAUUGCAUCAGUUGAUGUUGCUGAAUCUAGUACUCCAAAUGUGUGGAUCCCUUUUGAAGACUGCAAGAUAAUUUCUAUACACACAUUAAGCCCUGGCCAACAACCUCAGUAUUGUAAGUAAAAGCACCAAGUAUUACCACCUUUCUGGUACCACAUGCUAUUUAACAAUUUUUAUAUCACUUUACUGCAAAAUGAAGGUAAUAGGAAAAAGAUCCUGACUGUGAUUAAGUGUUCUUGGCAUAGCAAAGUAUUGUUCACAUGUACAGAAGGUAUAACAUGUGUGGCUAGAACUAGCUUAUGAAAAAAUCACACUUUUAAAGGAUGUACCUGGCCACAUUUUUUUGAUAUUUUACUUCAUUGGUUUAUGCCAAAGAAUAAUAUUUUUUACGCUUUGUUUUAAUGCGAUAUAUUCGUGAGUUUGGGUCCCAUAAUAUGUUUGUAUAGGAGAGGGAAAAGUGUACAUUUAAUAGAAGUCACACACGCAAUAGUUGUGCAAUUGUGUUGCACACGUUCUACAUAUGGUGUUAGU